CAAGCUGCAAUGUUAACGGCCUCAUGUGUUCGGGUCUCUGAGCUGCUGAAAGAUAAAUGUUGUCCUAUGUCCCGCAGCGUGGUUUUGGAACAGGAUUUCUCAUAACUGUCCCUGCAGAGGAGCCUUCGCACAGGUGGAUGCUGCUGACGGUUUACAUGAUGGUGAUCUGAGUUAUGUGAUGGUGUGGUAGUCUAAUCAGGUCAUAGACACCUGUUACCCUUUUACGUUUGUCUUAUGAAGAGUGCAGAGAGUUUAUGCAAUCAUUUAUUUGUGUCGUAUGUUUUGACAUUUCAUAUAAUGUAAGAUCUGUUUUAAAAAAACGGACCUAUUGCGAUGAUGUUAAGCAGUGAGCCUAUAGAUCAUAGUCCUAAGAGUAGAUUUCUAUUUGUUUUUGUGUCAUUUUCCUCAGGGGUCGGGGUGUGUUUAGAGGACGGGUCGGAUAUCUGUCAGUCAUUAGUCAAACAUUACUGCAGGCGUGACUGUUAUUGAACACGAACGUGUGUGCAUAGUACAAAGGUUUACAUGUACAGUAUCUUUGCCCAACGCCACAACAAUAUAUCGCACCGAUGGGACACAUUUUUUAAGAGUUUCGUGACUUAACGUCAAUAAAGUUGUGAGUUCAUUAAAUUUGGAUCAUGCAAUGUGACAGGUUAGUGUGCUGUGAGGUUCAUAUGCAUGUCAGAUGAGUCAACAAUGUGAAGAAUGAUGAGGGAGAAAUGAAUGACCGCAGCUGCUCGUGGCGGCUGUGAGGAGGGAAGGUGUUGCAGUUCAUUCAAGUUGUUACUUGCAUGAAAGAUACUACUGCAGCUCAUCAUUUACUCAACCAGGGUUGUUGCCUGUUGUGACAGAAUGAAGAUGAGAGAGUUGAAGAUUAUGAACAAGGGUCUGGAGGAUGAGAUGGAGGUGUGGGGGUACCGCCCCUGUCUGUGGAAGACGUUCCUGGUGGGUGUAGGUGUUGUCUGCUCCGGUGGUCUCCUGCUGCUGCUGCUCUACUGGCUGCCUGAGUGGAGCGUCAAGGGCACCUGCACACACACCUCGCUGAGGGACGCACGCACCCUGCUGCUCAGGACCACAAAUGAGUUCAAGCAGUGGUUUCGAGCCGAAGUACAUGUGAUGCUGGCUCCGGGGAAGAAACCCUUCGACCGUUUGGAUUUGCAGUCCACGGCUCAGCUGCCGAACGGAGACAAAGACCACAGCAUCAGUGCUGUGCAAGAGGAGCAUCAUGGGAAAUUAGCUCAAAGGCAGCCUGCUCAGAUCCACUACUUCACCCACCACAGCACAAAAUACUACUGGGAUGACGAGACGCAGGUCUUUGAGACAUAUAAAGGCUUGGAGGAUGUGGAGGUGAGCUGUGCAAGCAUCCACUCUGAGCACAACUCUGGACUUUGUAGAACACUGCAGAACUACAGGAGGUUGUUUUUCGGGGAGAAUGAGAUCGCUGUGAGAGUGCCCUCUCUGUUCAAGCUCCUCAUAAAGGAGGUCUUGAAUCCUUUCUACAUCUUCCAGCUCUUCAGUGUUAUUCUGUGGAGCGCAGAGGACUACUACUAUUAUGCUACGGCCAUCGUUUUCAUGUCCGUCAUUUCCAUAGCUACCUCACUGUAUACAAUUAAAAAGCAAUACGUGAUGCUACACGACAUGGUGGCCGCACACAGCGUGGUCCGUGUUUCAGUGUGUAAAGGAAAUACAGAUAUUGCAGAGGCCAUGUCGACAGAGCUUGUGCCUGGUGAUGUCAUCAUCAUUCCAGCGAAUGGGAUGAUCAUGCCCUGCGACGCCGCGCUCAUCCAUGGAACCUGUAUUGUAAAUGAAAGCAUGCUGACAGGAGAGAGCGUCCCAGUGACCAAGACCAGUCUGCCCAGUUCAGGUGAGGAUGCAGCCGAGAGCUACAAUAUGGAGGAGCACAAGAGACACACCCUGUUCUGUGGCACCCACAUUAUCCAGACCCGCUUCUAUACUGGUGAACUGGUGAAGGCUGUUGUUGUCCGGACAGGCUUCAGCACAGAGAAAGGCCAACUCGUGCGCUCCAUCCUCUAUCCGAAACCCACAGACUUUAAGCUGUACCGCGAUGCUUACCUGUUCCUGCUGUGCCUGGUGGGGGUGGCAGGGAUUGGCUUCAUCUACACCAUCAUCCUCAGUGUGAUGAACCAGGUUCCAGCCAAAACCAUCAUCAUCGAAUCUCUGGACAUCAUCACCAUCACUGUGCCCCCGGCCUUACCAGCGGCCAUGACAGCUGGCAUUGUGUACGCGCAGCGGCGUCUGAAGCGGGUUGGCAUCUUUUGCAUUAGUCCCCAGAGGAUCAACAUGUGUGGCCAACUUAACCUGGUUUGCUUUGACAAGACAGGUACUUUGACUGAGGAUGGUUUGGACCUCUGGGGGAUCCAGAGAGCUGAAGAUGGCAGCUUCUCUCCACCGGAGUCUGAAGCAGCCAAAGAGAGUCGGGUGGACUCGGCAUUCGUGGCCGGCAUGGCCACCUGCCACUCACUGACCAAGAUAGAGGGCGAACUCUCCGGAGACCCUUUGGACCUCAAGAUGUUCAGCGCCACCGGCUGGAUCCUGGAGGAGCCCACAGAGGAGGAGACAGCACUCCACAAUCCCAUAAUGCCCACAGUUGUGCGACCUCCAAACUAUGUCGUCCCCGAAGCCAAUCAGAACAAUCCACUGGCUCAGAACAUGCCCUUUGAGAUUGGAAUCGUACGUCAGUUCCCUUUCUCCUCAGUGCUGCAGAGGAUGAGUGUUGUGGUCAGGAGGUUGGGGGAAAAGCACAUGAACGCCUACUUGAAAGGAGCACCAGAGAUUGUGGCCAGCCUCUGCAAACAGCACACAGUCCCACAGAGCUUCACAGAGACUCUGGAGACCUACACCAGACAGGGCUUCAGGGUUAUUGCCCUGGCACAUCGACAGCUGGAGUCCAAACUCUCCUGGCACAAAGUCCAGAGCCUCAGCAGGGACCUGAUAGAGACCAACAUGGAGUUCCUGGGUUUGAUCAUCAUGCAGAACAAAAUAAAGCAGGAGACGGCUGGUGUUUUACGUGAAUUGCGACAAGCUAACAUCCGCACAUUGAUGGUUACAGGUGACAACAUGCUGACGGCCAUAUCGGUGGCUCGGGACUGCGGGAUGGUGCGUGCCCACGAGAGGGUCAUCAUCGCAGACGCUGUCCCUCCAAAAGAUUUCCAGUCUGCGAGUAUCACGUGGCAUUACACUGAAAACCCUGCUCAGACCACCAAGGACAAUCAGUCCGUAGAGAUAAACCUGGAGGAAGGAGUGUCGGACAAGCGACAGACUCUGCAGGAACAGAGCUAUCACUUCGCUAUGAGUGGCAAAGCUUUCGCUGUCAUCACUGAUCACUUCCCUCACCUCAUCCAAAAGCUCGUGCUGAGAGCCACCGUGUUUGCCCGAAUGGCCCCGGACCAGAAGACUCAGCUGGUGGAAAUCCUGCAGAGCAUAGACUAUACUGUCGGGAUGUGUGGUGAUGGUGCUAAUGACUGUGGAGCUCUGAAGAGAGCUCACAGUGGGAUCUCUCUGUCCGAGCUGGAGGCUUCUGUUGCUUCACCCUUCACCUCCUCCACUUCAAACAUCUCCUGUGUCCCCAACCUCAUCAGAGAGGGUCGGGCUGCUCUCAUAACAUCAUUUUGCGUUUUCAAGUUCAUGGCUCUCUACAGCAUCAUCCAGUACCUCAGUGUCACCCUACUCUACUCUAUCCUCAGCAACUUAGGAGACUUCCAAUUCCUCUUUAUCGACAUCGCCAUCAUUCUGAUCAUUGCUUUUACAAUGAGUCUGAACCCAGCGUGGAAGGAGCUGGUGAGCCGCCGGCCCCCGUCCAGUCUGAUCUCCGGCCCACUGCUCUGCUCGGUUCUGACCCAGAUCCUCACCUGCCUGUUCUUCCAGGUCCUGGCUUUCCUCUUAGUGCGACAGCAGAGGUGGUAUGAGAUAUGGACUCCUCAGUCAGACGCCUGUAAUGCUUCCAGCUCCGGUUUAUCUCACAGCCAGAAUGUAACAAGUACACACGACCACAAAAACAUCAAGAACUACGAGAACACCACCCUCUUCUACAUCUCCUCCUUCCAGUACUUGGCUGUGGCCAUCGUCUUCUCCAAGGGAAAACCAUUCAGACAGCCCAGCUACAAGAACUGGCCGUUCAUGCUUUCCUGCAUCGGUCUGUACACUUUUCUCCUCCUCAUCAUGCUGCAUCCUGUUCCUGCAAUCGACCGCUUCCUGGAGAUCGUGUGUGUUCCCCACGACUGGCGCGUUACACUGGUCGUCAUUGUCAUCGUGAAUGCGGCGGUGUCUUUUAUGCUGGAGAUUUUGAUCCUUGACAUCAUCCUGUGGAGGCUAGUUUUCAGAGGCAAUCAGGGGGUAAAUGGUCCCACAGUGUCCCCCUCUCCUGUCACACCUCAGGAGGCCAAUGAGCGCUGGGGCUCGUCCUUCCUCUCCUGGUUGUUCUGUCGGAGAAACAAGCCUCCAAGGGUGCGCUACUUGAAUGUGGCCCUAGAGCUGCAGGACGACUCCGACUGGCCCCCCGGACCCUCCACUGUCACCUACGCCACUGAUCCACAGUCCCACAUCUCAGCCACCCUCUGACACCAACGUGACCAACAAGCAAACUGCUGCACAGAUACGACCUGAACAAGUUAGUGUGUGUUCGCUUGAUUUAAGCACAGAGAUGUGUUGGACGCUCAGAUGAUUUUAAGUAGGACGUCUGACCAUGACUGAUGCCGACAAAAGAAGAGACCUUCUACUGUAUCAGUUACUGACACCGUGGGCUGCUCAUACUGUACAUAAUAUUCUCUUCCAUUUUGAUUUAGCAAAGUCAUCAAAAUGGACUUGGAUUUUAACCGUACUGUCAUGUGCUGCUGAAAUGCGCGAGGGCCUCUGUUAAAGGAGUAGUUCAGUGUUUUUCCGAAACACUGCAUUUAUUUGCAUUAUUGUCAAGAGUUAGAUGAGAAGAUCUAUACCACUGUCAUGUUUUUAUGGUAAGAAGGUUAGCUUAGCUAAGCACAAAGAGUUUAACCCAUAGACCAUAUUUAAAGAUGGACAGCGCUUCUCCAUUUUCUCCCACUGUAAAAAAAAAUAAGAAGCCAAAAUACCCCGGAUACGGGUGCUGCCAUCUCGUUGGUGACGUCAUUUGAGCCGUGGUCCGAGAUACACGCGCUUCACCAGUCACAAGUCAGCCUCAGCUGUCAAUCAUGACCUUUCACACUGUUUUUGUUGCAUUAAAUAAAUAAUUUGAAUAAAACUGAGCAGAAUGAAUACUUGAACAUACAUCAGUAUGUGUUUUUAAGCACAUAUGUGUUAUAUGUUCCCUCUGGCUCACUAUUAAACUUAUCAAAUGAAUGGAUCACGAUUCUCUUAUAAUAAACACACAAAGUUGGUUGGAGUACAUUCACUAAAACCACUUAAGUAUUGUUGUUCAUGACCUGAUGUGGUUACAGCUAGUAAAUAAUACAGAAAUUAACAACUUUCCUGACUUAUGUAAAUCACUUUACAAGGACAUCAACUAACGGUUACAGCUUUAAUACCAUUUCACAUAUUAAAUGUUAACAAGAAAAAAAAAUAUGUAUCAAUGAAUGAGUUAAAUUCAUCAUUAAUUUGCUGGUGAAUUUGCAACAUUAAUCAAACGUUUACUUUUAUCCAACACAUUUCUGCAUACAGUAUAUCGCAUCAACAAAAUUUGACUUUCCAAGUUGUUCCUACACAGGAUUUUUCCCUGUUGGGAAUUCAUUUUUCCUAUUAUUCAGGCUCUAUGUGAAUAGGCUAUUAGCGUUCAGGCAUGAUGGUGGUAUUGAUCUUCUCACAAGCAACGUAUCUCCCAAAAUUUCAAAACUAUUCCUUCAAUUUGAUCAUAUCCCAUUGUUCUCUACUUCCAAUGGAAAACAAGUGCAAAUACUACACUGGACAUUGCGGUUUGUGAGUGUCAUAUGAGUCUUUCCAUUUUUUAAAACAGUUUUCAUUAUCAGAUCCAAUAUGGAACAUGUGAGGAACAUUUUUUUCAAGUUUGAUACAUUGUCACCAUCAUCAGAUACAAAAAAAACCAGUCUUCCACUAACAGCUGCUGCUAGAAUAUAAAAACUGUAAAACAAUAUGAGGUCACAUGGAUUCAAAGGAACAUGAGAACUUAUAUCUGUUUGCAGUUUUUUUAUGAAUAUGACUGGUAGUGUUGUAUUUCAAUGACAUUGCUGCAUUUCUUCCUUAGAGUUGCUUCAGUAGAAAUUCUUCCUGUGGAAGAGAGAAGCUGAUAUUUGUGUCCCUUUUGAAAGUUUUUACCGCGCGUGAGUGUGUGAGUGUGUGAGUGAGAAAAAAAACAGUAUGCCAGUUUAUAAGAGAAUCAAAUCCCCCAGGUGCAUAUCAAAUGUUCUUUUACUCAAACUUUGAAAAUGAACUUUUCCUCGAUUACACCAUUAAACAUUCCUGAGGUACUGUACAGAGACGAUAACGUUUUGAUUGAUUAAUGAAAAAAGUAAUCAACAUUAAUCCUGGAGAUACUUGCUGCUGUGAUUAUUUCAUAACAGUUGAUUUUAACAUCUGAAUUUUAUAUUAUAUUUUUAAUGUUUACAGCUGUAGUACACAUAUUUUUCUAGUUUCCAAGUGUACAAAAUGAAAUGUGAAAAUUGAAAUAUUAAUCACCGCUAUGACUAGAAAAAGGAGCAAUAUUUUAAAGGGAAUGUGUUUUUUAAAAUUGUAAUAAAUUUAUUUUUGGAUUUGUACAAUGUCCCCAAAAAUGUUUCAGUCACAAAUAUCCCUGUGUUUGCUCUGCAGAACUCCCAUUACAUUUCCCAAUAAAUCUGUAUAUUAAGCCA